AUCACCACGUCGACCUAGCACGACUCACUUCGAGCCCUCUACGUGGCUGCAUCAGCCUCGUCCUGCAGAUCUGAGAUAUCUAGGACACCAUUUCAAGUUACCUGCCCCAGGUUUUGAUUGACUGCGACGAAAGGACGACAACUGCCUGAUGAUACGACUGACAACAAAUCUCGCGCAGUGCUCGCCGAGGUCACCGUCCGUGCAGAGAGCAAGCGAUGCCUCCUCCAGGCGGAGCCAAGCGAAAGAGAGGAGAUCGCUCCUACUCUGAUGAUCAGCAAAGCCCCCGUCCCUCGCCGCACCGCCCAGGAAACUUGCACCUAGCACAGCACGGCAAUUUUCAGUCUCCAGGCAAUGAUCGCGACUACACCAACCCACGUGGUAGAGGUGGAAGAAGAUCUAGUCGAGGUGGAAGAGGUGGAAUCAACGCAUCUAGUCCGGUCAACAAUCCUGAAGAAGUCCAUCCUACGGUCGCAGGUACUCCAGCGGCGAACAGCGAGACAGCUACUAUGAAUGGCACCGUAGCUACACGCCAGGACCCUAAUCCUACCAGUAUCACCUUCAACGGCCCUCCUACCGAGUCCCUGCCGUACAAUUAUACAUUCGUGACCCCCGAAACUUGUGACUCAUGGAAGACUGGCGGGAGGGACGGUGUUCUACAGCAGGGCCUGGCAGCCGUACGCGACAACGACACUACCAAAACUUCAGCUAUCAUUCAAGAGCUAUGUCAGUCCGUCGUAUAUGGACGGUUGGACCCCUUCGAUGCAGGCGAACUGGUGAAGGCAAUGAUCGAUACCGAAAUUUCAGGAAAAGAUGCCGCCGCCGUCUCCGAUCCGACAGCACUUCAAACCCUCGUUCUCGACUCGAUAUCUAUCAUCUUUGAAGCCACGGUAAAUCUACCAACCGAUCGAUUGUCGGCCUUCAUCAUCAGUAUCGAAAUCCCUCAUGAGUUGCUGCGCCUCGAAUUGGAUGCUCCUUUGCUUGAAAAGUUGGAUUUGAUUAGGAACACCUUCAGCCGGAUGAACAUCAGGAAACAGACUAACCUGCUCUACCGUCAAGCAAACUUCAACUUGCUGCGGGAAGAGUCUGAAGGUUUUGCAAAGCUGAUGACUGAACUGUUCACCACAAGCGGAAACGAGCCACCCACUGGCGAAGUAGUCGAAGAAACGGUCGAGAAGGUCAAAGCGAUGAUUGGUGCGUUCGAUUUGGACGUUGGUAGGAGUCUUGACGUUGUUCUUGACGUUUUUGGUGCCGUCCUUGUCAAACAGUUCCGAUUUUUCGUCAAAUUCCUCAGGGCUAGUCCUUGGUGGCCACGCUUCUCAACACUCUCGAAGAACCACAAUGCACUGAGUGGCCUUCCUAUGUGGGCACUGCCAUUAUCACCGGAUUGGCACCUUUCAGAAGAGCAAAGACAGACAGUUGAUGCUCAAGCUCGAAUCCGUGACGAGUCCUUCUGGGACCAAGCCCGAGAAAAGGGCCUUCCUGCAUUUCACCUUCUUGGUAGAAUUGCAGCAACUACUGAGCAAAUGGCGGCGGCCGCUGCAGCUCCCGAGGAAGAUCUGGCUGCACAGUGGAUACGGGAGACGGGGGUUCAACCGCCACCAGGCAAUCGCGACGCGGCACAGCUGCUCGGAUUCAAACUACGAUUUUACUCGUCCUCGCCAGCGCGUGACGAGACAGAUGUGCUUCCUGAUAAUCUGAUUUAUCUGUCCGCCCUUCUCAUCAAGAUCGGUUUCAUAUCGUUGAAAGACUUAUACCCACAUAUCUGGAGGGGUGAUGAAGACAUGGAGGAGUUGAAACAACAAAAAACAAAGGAAAAGGUAGAUCGAGAACGGGCUGCGCGACCAGGUGCUGGUGCAAAGAAUGCUCUGCUAAUGGCAGGUGCUCUUGCAGACGACACGUUACCUGUUCCAGCACGGCUGAAAGAAUCGACCACCCGCUCCAGCACCCCCUCCAAGGAAGUCGAUGGCGAGAAGCCUAGCACCAAGGACACGACCGAACCUUCGGACCAGAAGGUUCUGUUACUUAAAAGCCUCCUCGCCAUCGGAGCACUCCCUGAGGCGUUGUUUAUCCUAGGUCGCUUUCCAUGGCUGAUGGAACUCUUCCCCGACCUACCCGAGUAUGUCCACCGCAUUCUACAUCAUUCUCUGAGCCAAGUCUACAAUGCAACACAGCCUUUGCAGGAUCGCCCUUCGCUUCGUGAAAGGAGGCCCAGCUAUGAAACUGAUGUACCUGGCUUACAAAAGGGGCAAGUGAAGAUUGUCGACAGUCCAGAUCGGAAGGUGUUGCGCUGGGCCAUGCUCGAUCGCAACGACAGCCCCGAUGGGAACAGUUAUCGAUUCUACUGGGACGAAUGGAACGACAAUAUUCCAGUUUGCCGGACAGUCGACGAUGUGUUCACGCUCUGCGACACCCUCCUGCCUCUCGUGGGGGUAAAGAUCGGCCAGGAUCCUGGUCUCCUUCUCAAGAUUGCUCGUAUCGGCAGACAUAGUCUACAGACCGAUCGAGCAGAGCAUAACCGUUCCAGGUGGUUGAACUUGAGCAAACGCAUUUUGUUGCCUUCAUUAAGCUUGACAAAAUCCAAUGCCGGGGUCGUAAAUGAGGUCUUUGAGCUGAUCAGCAAUUUCCCAGUCAGUAUACGAUACUUGAUGUAUCUAGAGUGGCUGUCCGGUAGCACAUCACGCAAUCCUGAUAUCAAAUCCGCUUUUGAUCAGGCAAGGUCAGAAACAAAAGACAUCCUCAAACGUAUCUCAAACACGAAUGUCCGACCAAUGGCUCGUUCACUGGCCAAAAUUGCGUUCGCCAACCCUCACAUUGUCAUUACUACUGCGCUCACUCAGAUCGAGGUCUAUGACAGCAUCGCCGAAGUAUUUGUCGAGGGUGCACGUUAUUUUACAGACCUAGGCUAUGAUGUUCUCACAUGGGCUAUUGUAAGUUCGAUGGCGAAAGCAGGGAGGAGCCGUACUCAGGAUGGGGGCAUGUUUACCAGCCGAUGGCUGUCAGCCUUGGCUCAUUUCGCGGGUAAGAUCUACAAACGAUACGGCAUGAUGAGGCCAGGCCCAAUCUUGCAAUAUGUGGUUGAGCAACUCGAACGUGGCAAUACUACAGAUCUCAAGAUGCUAGAACAGGUUGUUCUCGCCAUGGGUGGCAUCGCUCCCGACACCAGCUACAAUGAUGCACAAUUACAAGCCAUGGGUGGCGGCCCGUUGCUUCAGUCCCAGACUAUACUUCAACUACUCGAUCGGCGACACGAUUCCAAGAAAACCUCAGAGCGACUGAUAAAAUCACUCCAAGAUACCGGCUUAGGGGCUAAAUUUUUGAUUUCUAUGGCUCAACAACGCCAGUCUUGUGUCUUUAAGGAGGGCGAUGUGCCCCUUAAGGCCAUUGGCAAUACCUAUGAUGAAGUGCAUCGAGUCAUGGUCCAAUAUCUCGAUCUGUUACGCACCAACUUUUCCGUCGAAGACUUUCAAUCCACCAUACCAGAUGUGGUGAGCUUACUGAUAGAAUAUGAAAUUCGGCCUGAGAUUGCAUUCUGGAUCAGUCGGCCUUCCAUUUCCAGACAAAUCGUCGAGUAUGACAAGGAUCAGGCAAAAGACCAGCGCUCGGAGGAUCUUACGGACAAAACGGUCAAUGGUGACGUGGAGAUGUCUGACCAGAUCAACGGUGGUUCUGAAGAAGACGGCGAGGCCAUCGAGACUGACGCUGCCACAAAUGAUUCACCUACUGAUGGCGACGCCUCAGGACCUAGCCUUGAGCUAGAGUCAAGUGGAAAGACCCCAGGCUCUUCGGACCUCACAGCGGAAAAUUGCUGGCAUCCUGUCAUGCGAGACCUGAUGUUGGCCAUUCAACCCUCCCUUCCUGAUGAGGUAGUCGACAAUAUAGGCACUGGCUUCUAUGCGACCUUUUGGCAGCUUUCUUUAUACGACAUCACUAUUCCAGGCAAAUCGUACGAGGAUGAGUUGUCACGUCAGCACAAGAAGAUCGCUGCCAUCUCAGCAGACCGCUCAGAUGUCAGCGUCUCCGGGUCGAAGAAGAAAGAACUCGCGAAGAAGGAAAUCACGGAUCUUGUCGACGAGCUGCUUGCAGAGAAUAAACAACACCUCAAGGCCUUUGCAGAAAGUAAGGCACGACUGCAACGAGAAAAAGAUCAAUGGUUCCUCGGGAAGGCUAGAAUGGACAAACAACUCAACACGUCUCUGAUGGAAUACUGUUUCCUUCCUCGCCUCCUCUCUUCGGCCCUGGACGCUUACUUCUGCUUCAAGUUCGUCAAAUUCCUUCAUGGCGCUGGAACACCUAACUUUAGAACCCUCGGUUUCUACGACUUGAUCUUCAAGACACCACGCCUUAUAUCGCUAAUAUUCAUGUGCACAUCAAAGGAGGCCGAUAAUCUUGGCAGAUUUCUCAAUGAGGUCUUGAAAGAUCUCUCUCGGUGGCAUGCCACCAAAACAACCUACGAAAGAGAGGCAUGGGGAAGCAAGAAGAACCUGCCCGGUUUUGCCAUGAAAGUUGAAGCAGGGAAGGUUGUCUCUCUGUUGGACUUUGAAAGCUUUCGAAGAGUACUCUACAAGUGGCAUAGUAACGUCUAUGCCGCACUACAGAAGUGUUUAGGAUCACCAGAAUACAUGCACGUUCGAAAUGCAAUCUCGGUACUUCGGACAAUUUCGGCAGUUUAUCCUGCUGUCAACAUCCACGGGAUGGGACUACAGAAGGCUGUCGAUAAGCUUCACGAGUCAGACAAGGAAGACCUUAAAGUCUCGUCCCAAGCUUUGCUCGGAGCUCUACAUCGCAGGGAAAAGGUCUGGAGCGACCCACAAGCAUUCCGACACGGCUCAGAAACCGCUGGAGAGCAUACAGAGCCUGCAUCUCAGCCAAAGGCUGAAGAGAUCAAAGAGAAGGGAGGUGCACAAAAUAACCGUGGCGAGGAGAGUGAACUCAAAGACACGACCAUGACACACGCGCCUGACAAGAAAGAGGAGACACCAUCUGUCGAGAAGGACGUAAAGCCACCAAAAUCCUCAGCAUCAGCAGAAGCUCCUCGGCCAGCAUCCAGAACAGGCUCGCGGUUGGCAACGACGAAUGGCUCUUCCACGCCGACGAGACAAACACCCGACACUAGCUCAACAUCAAAGCCAGACACAAGAGCCGCCCGCGCUGAGUCGGGACGUUCUCAAAAUCUCCCUCGUCGCUUGUCUCCACCUCCUCGAACUCUACCAACGGGCUUACCUAGUCGACCAGAUUUCCCUGACCCCCGAUCCAGCAACAGAGAAAGUCCACGUAUGCCGUCAAGACUUCAGGCUGACCCGCACAGACCGGCCUUCGAGGCUAGGAGCAGUCAUGGUCGAGACGUGAGGUCCGGUUACAGAGGUCAUGAAUUAGCUGCUGAAGACCCUGAGCGUCACCCACGAAGGUACGAAAGGCCAGACGCCCCACCACAUAUCAGUCGAGAUGAGCGGGGACAUCCACGGGAUUCUGACAGAGGUAAACCGUACGAUCGUAGUACGCAGCCGGAGCGAGAUCGCCCCUUGUCUCGGCCGGGGCCCAUGGUUGAUCGCAACAGAGACGGUCGAGACCGCGAACCAACACCAAGAUCACGGCCAUCAACGUCGUCUGAGCCACCUGCACCUUCUACCAAACUCCUGCCGAAAAAGGAACCGGAUCAAACAAUGCCAAAAGAAGCAUCUGGUACUCAAUCGGCCCAACCUGCGAUCAAUCCUGCCCGUGCUGCCCUGAUUGAUGGUACAUCGGAUCAGCGCUCGAGCUCAGGCACACGUGGAACAGGACCUGAGAGAUCUUCGAGAUCCUCGCGUCCCGCUUCUCCCCAUCGAGAAGAGGAACGAAGAUCGUAUCCUCGACGUGAUGGAGACGAGCGACACCAUCCUAGUAGCCGACCAGAGGCACCUCCACCCCGUCAGCCCCCGUACACCCCGUCCUCGUCCGAUCCUUCAUCAGUUGGACCGGGCAUGCGUGGUACAGGGCAUGGCAGCUUCAAGAGAGAUUCUAGACAAGGCCCACCAAUCGAUAUGCAGCAUGGUCGACUUGAGCGAGAACCUCAAUCGCAACGUCCCAUGAGCUCUCGUGGUACUGAUUCGCAACAGGAGGCUGAAGUUCCUUCUGGACCUCGUGGCAGGCCAGCACCAGGAGCUGGUCCGUCAAUGAGAAUAUCUCCUCUUAAUACACAGGUUCCCACAGGCGCUCACACCGACAGACCAACGCCGACAGGACCGUCACGACGACACGGACGGACAAGCUCGUACAAUGAGAGUGCUCCCUCACCAGGUGCGCCGUCGGAAGCAAUUGGCGUUCAUCCUUCUCGAUUGAAUCAGAUCGAGGCAACAACGACAGAAGCUCCACGCUCUGGUCAGCCUCCCCCUUCGUCUCACCAGAGCCAACCCCCUUCAGGUCCCAGAGGCAAUGCACCCCUCGGUGCUCCUUCAGGACCAUCUCCAACAUCAAGAGGUCCGCCAUCUGGUCCUCACCCCAUGGACAUGGGAGGAAGGUCUGGACGAAACAAUCGACAUCCACUUGCUGCAGUCAACAACACGCUGGCCCAGGCAGGAACCUCAAUCCGUGGAAGAGGCGGCCCUGCAAGACAAGCCGGGGAGUCCUUCGGCCCUACGUCCGGGAUGGCGCCCCCACCUCCUCCACCUCCACCGCCACCUGGUGGCCCUCCAGCAAACUACAGUCCUAGUUCAAACGGCUAUCCAGCACAAAAAGACUUAUUCCCGACGCAGAACCCCAAUGACGUUCCUGUCGCUGCACGGCCUUCGUCUUCACGGCAUGAAAGCAGCAAAGAUCGAAGGUCCGAGCUUUCAGAGGAACGAGGGUCGGAAAGAAGAUCCUCUCGACAUUCCAGCCGCCAUGACGACGGGAGGGAGGAGCGAGAACAUCGGAGUGAUAGAGCGAGUAGAGAUGGGCGUGGUGAUAAACAUGGUGGCGGGGACUCGUCAAGGAAUGAUGAGAGAUCAAGUCGAAGGGAGCAGUAUCCGCAAGAGGGCAGCGAGAGGAGGGGAGGCUAUUCGAGAUCAGGACCGCCUCGAGACGAUCAGACAUCAAGAAAGCACGGUAGAAGCGACGAUGGAGCACCAUACAGCGGAGGACCUGGACCGGGGAUGGGCGGAAGAGGAGGUGCUAGAAUUGCCAGCGAAUCCAAACGUCCCCGACGAGGACCUUGAGAUUUCGAGGAUGCUCUCUCAUUCCGAUUGGACACCGCAGCGGAUGAUGAGUACUACUAUGGCCGAAGUGAUGACAAGAACGCUACCACCAAGUUCUAGCUGGAGAUUUGUGUUCCAGAAUGUUUUAGUACCUGCUAUAAAUGAAGAUCUUAGAAAAAUGUCAAAAAGAUAUCAGACAAGGGAGCUGCAUAUCACCAAGC